AUGAUUGACUAUUCAUCGUUGAAAGUGGCUGAUUUGAAGGCCGAGUGCAAGAAGCGCGGCAUCCCUCAGACUGGCCUCCGCCUCAAGCAGCAGUUCGUUGACAAAUUGAUCGAGCUUGACUCACAAACAAACCAGGUAACGACCGAAGCUGCAGCUCCCGCUGAAGAAUCCACCGAAUCACAGCCACCUGCACCAGACGCUGCUUCGCAGCCAAAGCCGCAGCCCGAACAACCAGAGAAUGAACAGCUUGAACAAUCCAAGGAAGAAACAAUCUCACAAACAGAGGAGGCAUCAGCACCCGUCCCAAUAUCAGAUUCAGCCCAAGAUGGACAAAUGCAGGCAGAUGACUCGACCCAGGGAGAAGCAGUUUCGGCAGCCGACGUGAAUUCGCAAAAAGUUGAUGUCGCAAAGCCUGCGGAGGAGGCACAAACAGAGGCAACUGCCCCUGAAGAACAAAAGUCUGCAGCUGCACCUUUCCAGCCGCAAAUGGAUGAAGCAGUCCAAGAUGUGAAGAAGGAGGAGCUCGUGAAGGCUCAAGAAAAAUCGGUCUCUGCUGCCCAGACCUCCGAGGUUGACACAGAGUUAUCGACACCUCUCCCGGUGGAAGAGGCAGUGGAGGAUACACGCAAACGGAAACGCCGCAGCCAGAGCCCGGCUCCUACUCUAGAAGAGAUUGCGAAUAGGAAAGCUCGCGCAAAGGAAACGACCCCACGCGUGUUGCUGAAAGACGAUGAGGUGGCGGCUUCCCGUGAUGAGGGGCUCAGCAAGUUAAAGUCUGAAGACCAAAAAACAGCGGAGGAUCACACAGACAAACAACCUAUUGAGACGCAAACAGACUCGCACAAAACCCCCACCAAACAAGACGCCCGGUUCCGCAACCUAUUUGCACCUGCUGCGUUGCACCCUGCAACUUCUGCCCUCUAUAUCGACGGCCUUAUGCGCCCACUCCAGCCGACUGCUCUUCGCAAACACCUGGCCAGCCUCGCAUGUGCACCCGGAACCACCGACUCCGACGCCAUCGUUGACUUCCAUCUCGAUUCUAUCAAAACUCACUGUUUUGUGAGUUUCACCAGUAUCACAGCAGCCUCACGGGUUCGUUCUGCCGUCCAUGGGACUGUGUGGCCCAACGAGCGCAACCGCAAGAAUCUCCGAGCAGAUUUUAUCCCUGAGGAGAAGAUCAAGGAAUGGAUUCAGACAGAAGAUGAAUCCCGAGACCGAGCUGGCGCUGCUGCCCGUUGGGAAGUGAGAUAUGAGACAUCUGAUGACGGAACAACAGCUACCCUCGCCGAGUUUGACCGUCGUCCCUCCAACGCGGCUCCUGCGGCUCCUGCACCUUCGUCACGACCUGGGCAGGGCUUUAAACCUCUGGAUGAAUUGUUUGAAUCUACCACUGCAAAACCCAAGCUGUACUACCUUCCCGUUCCACGUCCCGUUGCCGACAAACGUCUGGACCAAUUUGAUGAGCUGAUUCGGAAGGGCACAUUCCCACGUCGCGGUGGCGAUGAGAUGCGACGAAUUACUUUCGAAAAUGACGAUCAGUUCGUGGACAUCGGGCCAGAAAGAUUUGGACCUGGACCUCGCUCUGGCCCCGGACCUCGGGCGGGGGCGUGGGGGCGGCGCGGUGAUUCAUGGCGCUCUUGA